AUGGUGAGCAAAUAUGAAGCAGCAAGGUUACAGAGAAUGGAAGAAAACAAGAAGAGAAUGGAAGAGCUCAAACUCAACAGUUUAGCUCUCAGUUUCAAAAACUCCUCCUCUCAGCCAAAACCUGCACCAAAACGAAGAAUGGUUCAGAAAAGGCUGGAGUUUGUUGAAGUACGAAGAUCAAGCCGCAACGUGGACAAACCCAAGCCGGUUUAUAAAGAAGUUUUUGUUUUUGAGUAUGAAAGUGCUACUAGAAGAAACCAUUCAAGACCUAGAGGAGGGUUGAGAGAGAAUUUCCCAGUAGCAAGCGAGAAAGAAAGAGCAAUUGCAACUGAGAAAGCGUGUGAAAUGGAAUUAUCUAUUGGAAAUAAUAAUAAUAAUAACUUUCCAUCUUUUGUUAAACCUAUGCUUCAUUCUCAUGUUAACCGCGGGAUUACCUAA